AAACCCUAGGCCCCAAAACCUUUUCUCUACCUCUCUCUCGUCUCCACUGAGCAGCUCUCUCGUCGUUUCAAAGGUAAAUUUGAAAGAAAAAAAAUAUAUAGCUAGAAAUGGCAGUUGCAUUCCAUGACAUCAACUCGGCUGCUGGCCUCAAGAAAUUGGACCAGUACUUGCUCACUCGCAGUUACAUCACUGGCUAUCAGGCUUCAAAGGAUGAUGUCACUGUGCAUGCUGCUCUGUCCAAGCCUCCAUCGGCUGAAUACGUGAAUGCGUCUCGGUGGUACAACCACAUUGCUGCACUUCUUAGGAUUUCAGGUGUUUCUGGAGAAGGUUGUGGUGUCAAAAUUGAGGGAUCUGCUCCCAUCACAGCAGAAGCAGUUGCCACACCUCCAGCUUGUGAUUCAAAGGCCUCUGCUGCUGAAGAUGAUGAUGAUAGUGAUGUGGAUCUCUUUGGUGAAGAGACUGAAGAGGAGAAGAAGGCUGCUGAAGAACGUGCAGCUGCUGUCAAGGCAUCUACCAAAAAGAAAGAGUCUGGCAAGUCAUCAGUUCUAUUGGAUGUUAAGCCAUGGGAUGAUGAAACAGACAUGAAAAAGCUUGAGGAGGCAGUAAGGAGCAUUGAGGUUGAGGGCUUAUUUUGGGGAGCAUCUAAACUAGUACCUGUUGGGUAUGGCAUAAAGAAGUUGACAAUUAUGCUUACAAUUGUUGAUGACCUUGUUUCUGUGGACUCUCUGAUUGAAGAACGUCUUACCGUGGAACCUAUUAAUGAAUAUGUCCAGAGCUGUGACAUUGUUGCCUUCAAUAAAAUAUGAUUGAUGCACUGCUGAGUUGGAGUGGUUUGAAGAUCUUUCUGCUAUGAUAAUGUGUACUCAUAUUUUGUUUCUUGGGAUAUGAUUCAAGACUUGUAUUUGGAUUGUUCAGACCCAGGUUUUGUAUGGUUUCAUUAUAUUUCAUCUAUGUUCUCUUUGUUUUGUUACUUA